AUGGACAGAGAGCAAGAAGAUAUACAAUUUCUCGGCUUCUUUGGGAUCUUGAAGGAGUCCUUGAAGAUCAUCUUCACAUGGAAGAGAAUCUUCACCCAAAUCACUCUGGCUCUUAUCCUCCCACUCUCCUUCAUCUUCCUUGCUCACAUCCAAGUCUCCGAACUCCUCUUCAUCAAGAUCCUCAACAACGAAAAUGCCUUGGACUACACGCUAAAGGGUUCCCGAACAUAUUCUAAGCUCUCCGACAUCAUCUCCUCCGAAUGGGCCGCCUUCUGGCUCUUCAAAGCCUUCUACUUCACCUUCCUUCUCAUCCUCGCCCUUCUCUCCACCUCUGCAGUGGUUUACACCAUCGCAUCGAUAUACACAGCAAAGGAUAUCACCUUCAAGAAGAUCAUGAGCGUUGUCCCCAGGGUUUGGAAGAGGCUUAUGGUCACUUUCCUAUGGAGCUUUGCCAUUGUUCUGCUAUACAACUUCGUCUCUGUUUCACUUUUCUAUUUCUGGGCACGCUAUUAUGGAUUAUAUAAGAUUGGAAUUGCGAUUUUCAUUGCUCUUGUCAUCUUAUACGUAAUUGGGUUUGUAUAUAUCAGCAUCGUUUGGCAUUUGGCAAGCGUUAUAUCAUUUUUGGAGGAUCUGUAUGGGAUUAAAGUCAUGAUCAAGAGCAGGGGAUUGAUAAAGGGGAAGAUGGGUGCUGCGGUUGCAAAUGAGAUUGCUCUCAUAUGCAUUGAUGUUCAAUCUCCACAAUUAUUCUUUCACUAUCAUGUGUAUGGUGCUUGGUGA